AUGACACACCCUGCACUUCAGCUCUCCAACCUGCAGCGCCUUCCUCUUGGACUCCGAAUGUUUGCUAUGAGAGCGCGCAAUGGCUCUGCUGCAGCUCUUGGUUGGCUCGCAGGAAUGACCAAGCAUCAGGGUAUCCCACGAGCACAAUGUUUCCUGCUACUCCCCCUAUUCUACGACGCGCUUGCCUCUGACGACAUCGAUCAUCUGAAAAAUCUCGACACCUUGGACAAGCUCGAGAUCGAUGCCGCUCGCGAACGCAUUCUGCGCGUCCAUCUGGCGCUCCAUGGCUUUGUCUGGGUGGGGAUUGACGAAACCACGCCAGCGGACAUAAUCGAGAUAUUCUGGGUCAGAAUACUAGCUUGGGUGGAAUUCCUGGACCAAUUUGAUGAAAGCCUGCCCAUUCCACUCAGGCUGCCAAACGGACUUGAAGACAACGAAGAGAAUUCGCCGUCACGCUAUCUGUUGUACAUCAUCGCGCUGGGGCUGGGAUGCCCGCUAAACGAUGCAAAAGUGGAAAAUAUGUCGGGACUUGACAUCGGCCAUCGUAUUAUUUAUUUGGCAGCUCGCGCAUGGAGCCACAUUCUCGUUCGUUUGGAGCUUGGAGAAGACGUUGAUUGGAUGCUUGGCGCUCAAGCUAUGGCUGCUUUCUCGACACUGAUCGAGCGCUGGGGUCGCGGAGACGUGGCGAGGCUUACCAAUGCCCUGCGGCUGGGCUGUGGCGGAACCUGGGAGCGCUCAGCGGAUGCUUUGGUGCGCCAUAUACGACAAGUCAUCGAAGACCAUGAAUUCUCGGAGCCGCUGGGCAUAAGGCAGCUCAUAUCCAUCAAUGCGGCAUAUUAUUCACUCGUGGGCAUUGAUAAGACCUUUGCCUUCCGCCAAGCGCUGGUGCGUGGCGGAUUUGUUGGGGAUCUCGUUAAUACCCUGCAUAUACUCGUUGCGCAUCCGCUCCCUCCCGAACACGUCCGGCUGAUGGAGCUUUUCUUGGUGGCGCUGGGGACUCUGUUGAAGGCUCAAGAGCCCCAACGCUACAUGGUGGAGGCGCUCGAAGCGGGCCUCAUUCCGUUGCUUUUUUCCUAUGGAAAGAGCAGUAACCGCCAAAUGAAAACAACAACUGUUGUGGAUAUGAUCGACUGGAUGAUGUCCAUGACGGUCUAUCCAUCCUUCUUACGCCAAUUCGAGGAGUCGUCGAACCAGUUCCGUGAAGGGUACGACAUGGCACCGCCUCUUCUCUUCCCCAUAGAGGCCAAUGACCCAUGGUCGCUACUUAUCGACAUUGCGUAUGGGCGGCUUCGUACUUAUACCGAGUUUCGGGAAGGAACGUGGACCGGGAUGCACCACAUUCGCAGUGCAUGUGGGAAUUUUGAGUGCAAAGUGCUCCCUCACGAACACAGCGCGAAGCUCAAAAGGUGUAGUGGGUGCCAGUCCACGUUCUACUGCUCCAAGACAUGCCAGCGAGCCGAUUGGAAAAGCGGGCAUCGAACAGAGUGUGCUGCGUUUGCACUGUUUGGUCCAACGUCAGUCUGCUCGGCGGGCCAACGGGACGCGCUGGCCACAGAUGGAUUCCAGGUGAACACAACUCGCCUCAUCAGCACCUCGGAUCGAGACUUCCAGCGUGUCAUUCUUGCCAACGACUACACUUAUGAACGGCUGGACUUAUCUUUAAAACUCGUGGAAGCACUCAGCAACACUGACAUUGAACAGACAGGAACAUUUCCUGUCGUCAGCUGGGACUAUACCGUCAAGGAGUGGGCAGGAUUCUCACAAGGUACCCUGUACCCUGCAGACAUUGUGAGUCUGCGCUAUGGCCCUUGGCUGCGACGUGCGAUUCGUAGCCGCGGCAAACUGCAGCUCCAUGUGGUUCAUUUUGAAGAAGGGGGAGAUGUGCACCCACGGCCAGUGUUUCUUCAUUUCCCAACAACGGCACUCUUCGAUGGCUUGUGCGAAUUGGCCACAGCACAUCCCCAGCCGUGGUCAGAGGAAGAGGCAGAGGACGUCAAGCAAACGGUUGAGGAUGUGCUCAAGGCAGCAGAGGACUGGACCUUCUAA